AUGUCGACAUCAACACCAUAUGAAAUUCUUGGACUAGCGAAAACAAAUGAAGAUGUUAAAUUGCGUAUAGCAUAUCGUAAGCGAAUUCUUGAAUUAAAAUCAGAUCGACAAAAUAAUCCUACAAGUCGUAAAAUUACACCAGAAAAAUUCCGGGAAAUUUGUCGUGCAUAUGAAACAUUAUCUGAUUAUGAGAAAAGAAAAAAAUACGAUGAAGAUCAAAAAUGGUUAUCGAAUUUAGAUCUAUCAGAAUAUACACUUCAACAAUUAGCAUCUGAACCUGAUCUUGCUUUAUCAUUAAAAGAACGAUUAAAAAAUUCGAAAUUAAGAUUAAUUAAUGCUCAAAAUUCCAUAACAGAUCAAACACCAUUAUAUUGUGCAGCACGUGCUUGUAAUGUUGAAGCUGUACAUUAUUUAAUUGAACAAGAUGCUGAUCCUGAUUUACAACAACGAUCGGGAAGUACCGCUUUACAUGCAGCCGCAUUUUUUGGACAUCCAGAAAUGGUAAGAUGUUUAUUAGAAUGUGGAGCUAAUUAUACAAUUAAAAAUCGUUUUGGUAAUUUACCUGGAGAUGAAUAUAAUGAGCCGAAUAUUAAUAUUAAAGAGAUUUUUUCAGAAUUAAAAGAAACUUUAUUUGUACAAACAGCUGCAAAUCAAUUCGAUUGGUUAAAAGCUAAUAUUGAUCGCAUUGGAGAUCAUAUCGAUACAGAAUAUUACACUCAACGACAAACAUUACUUCAUUGUGCUUGUAAAAAAGGAUAUUUUGAUCUUGCUAAAUGGUUUGUUGAAGAACGACAUGCUAAUCUUGAUCUUGUAGAUAUUAAUUUAAAUACUCCAUUACACCUUGCUGCAUAUGGAGGUUAUGAAAAGAUUGUAGAUUAUCUUCUUAACAAAGGUGCAAAUUCAAUUCUAAUUAAUAGAUGGGGAAUGACAGCAGAACAAGAAGGAAUUGUUCAUGGUACUAAAAUUAAACAAUUAUUUCAAGCAAUGAGAGAUAUGAAUAUGUUUGACAUGGCAAUUAAAGGAAUAGUUUGGUGGUUUCAAUAUUAUUUCGAAGAUAAAUCACCAAAUUCUGUUGACGGACAAGGAACAAGUUUACUCUAUGUUGCGUGUCGUUUUGGUCAAACAUCUAUUGCCGAAUGGCUUUUAGAUAAAGGUGCAAAUAUUAAUUUUCAAUUACCAGGUAAACGAAGUACACCUUUGCAUGGUGCUGCAUUUAAUAAACAUUUAUCAACAGCUGAAUUAUUAUUAUCGCGAGGCGCUGAUAUAAAUAUUAAAAAUAGUUUUAGUUCAACACCUAUUGAUGAUGCUCAAACCGAUGAAAUUAAAAAAUUAUUACAACAACAUCGAGAUAAUUUAGCUAUUGAUAAAUAUAUUCCUGUGCAUUUAUAUGAUGAUGGAAAAAAGGCCGGUGAUGGACCUUUAGCAAAAGUUCAAUUACACUGUGAUGCAACAAUCGAAGACCUUAUUAAAGCAUUACCAGAUAAAUUACGUGAUUCAUAUAAAUGGUUUUCAAUUGCACGAAGUCCUUUAGAUUUUGCUGAUGAUAAAACAACAUUAAUAUCUGCUGUAUGUCGUGCUCGUCAUGUUAACUCAAUAUUUCUAGAUUUACCAAUAUGUCUUAUAGCUUAUACUUCACAGCGAUAUAUAAAUAGUGGUUAUAGAGCAAGAGAUCCACGUAAUGGUCUUAAUUUACGUACUUUUCACAGUGAAUUUCGUUCUAAACAGAAAGAUAAAUCGUUUCGUAUCAAAGGUAAUUCAAAUGAACCACAAAUAUUUCGUAUUGACAAUGUAUCAUUUAAAUUUCCUCCUUGUUGCACUAACAACGAUACACUUAUUGACAUAAAUUAUAUCUUUUCACCUGAUGCUAAAAAAUUUCAAUUACCCGAAUGUAUUUGUCUAUUUGAAACAGCAUAUAAUGUUGAAAAUGAAAAAUUAAAUGAUAUGCCAACUAUAACAGUUGAUAAUGAACCGAAUGCUAAAUUAUAUACAUGGGUAUCAUCAUCAGCGUAUUGGUUCUCUCAUACUGAUCAAGAUAAUCGUUUACCUCGUAUUGGUGGUAUACAGGCAUUAAUUCGUCAUGUAGAAGUUAUUCCAAAAUCACUUUGUCUUUUACCUGAUAUGUUUAUUCAAAAUGCUGUUGGAAAAUUAUUUGAAAAACGUCAAACUCCUGUUUCUUGUCAAUAUUUGAAAAUACAAGAACCUGACGUGGAACUUUUUCCACAUCAAGCGUAUCAUGGUACAUCUAUUAAUGUUAUUCGAUCGAUAUUAAUGGAUGGACUUGUUAUGCCAAGUACAGUUGUUUCUAAUGGUUUUCGUGUUUGUCCACCUGCAGGUCAUAUUGCACGAGGAGUUCAAGCUUUUGGUAUUCCUGAUUUUGCUAACGCACUAUUUGUUAGUCCAAGUAUACAUUAUUGUUCUGAUCCUGUUUAUGCUGUGACAUUUUCUUCUGGGGAUCAACAAAUGAUUGCUGUACUCGAUUGUCGAAUAAGAAACGACGCAUUUAAAGCUUUUGCAAGUACUGUUCCAUCAUAUGUUGCGCAGCCAGGUGAUGAUAUCAAAGCUAUUGAAUGGCGAAUAACAUGUCCAGCAGCUAUUCAAAUUACGGGUAUUAUCUUUAUUCCAAUAAUCCAAUCACGAGCAGAAGCAGCACGUUUACGAGCAAGUAAAUUAGGUAUGAAUCCUAAUAAUGUUGCAUAA